AUGCCUCGAUCACGACCCGCAACAACAGGCUAUGAACGCCUCGCACAGGCGGACGACAUCAGCGACGACUCAGAUGAGGAUCCCCUCUCCCAAUCCUACGCAUCGCUACAGCCCGCGGCUGCACCACGAUAUGCCCCCGUAACUCAACCGCGCCAUCGUUCUGGCAUGGCCAGUCCCAAAUCAUUUGCCUCGUCAUCACAACCCAAAUUUCGCCAUCGUUCCGGAAGCAGCGCCGGUGUCGAUCUCAAGGCCAUCAAUGCCCGCCUGGAGCGAUGGGCAGACGAGAUUGCUUCGCGUUUCAAGCGCAAGGGGAAGAAUCAGCAAGGUGAAGAGGAACGGCUUGAAAUUCACUAUUCUGUCUUCCAACCUCCCGAGGGUGUUCGCCCGGUGACCGCUGAGAGUAUUGCUGCGCCGCAGGAAGGUGUCAUGACUAGAGCAGAGUUUGAAAUUAUCGUGGAAAGCGUACGGAGUGCUAUUCGGCAAGAAAUUCACCCAAGUAUGAUUUCUCAGGGCAGUUCUGGUAGUUACUUUGCCCGAAAUCCCGAUGGCAAGAUUGUCGGUGUUUUUAAGCCCAAGGACGAGGAGCCAUACGCCGCAGGAAACCCCAAAUGGAACAAGUGGAUUCACAGAAACCUGUUCCCUUGCUGCUUUGGAAGAGCCUGCCUUAUUCCUAACCUCUCGUAUGUCAGCGAAGCAGCUGCCUACGUACUCGAUUGCCAACUUCGAACACAUCUCGUUCCAUACACCGACGUUGUAUGGCUUGCUUCCAAAUCCUUCCACUAUCCAUUCUGGGACCGCCGCAAGUUCCAUCGCAAGAAGAAGCCUCUGCCAGCGAAGCCCGGCAGCUUCCAGGUCUUCCUCAAGGGUUUCAAGGAUGCCAACGUGUUCCUUCGUGAACAUCCUUGGCCGGAUCAAUAUUGGUCAGGAUUCCGUACAAACGAUGGUCAGAGUAAGAAGAAGAGGAGGUGGACGGAGAGCUGCCGCCCAUCAGGAAACGCCUCGCCGAACGACGGAUACAACAGCGACGACGAAGAAGCUGCCCAAGCCGCGAAUCUUUUAGGUCCUGAUAACUUCAUUUGGACCGACAACUUAAAAGAAUCUCUGCGGGAAGAGCUUGAGAAGCUGGUCAUUCUUGACUACAUAAUGCGAAAUACAGAUCGUGGUCUGGACAAUUGGAUGAUCAAGGUUGAUUGGGAGACAGGCAAGGCCUCGAUAGCAUCAGACCCCAUUCAAAUGAACAUGGAACCAGUCGCCGAGGAAGAGGGCCCUCGACCUGUCGAUCUUUCGCAACAAGGGCCUCGUGCUACGAGAGCGUCAUAUCCUUAUAAGACCCAGAGACCUAUGAGUGCCUCAAGCCGACAACCAGCAGGAAACGAGCCAGCAAUUACCAUUGGAGCUAUUGACAACUCGCUGUCAUGGCCCUGGAAACAUCCGGAUGCUUGGAGAAGUUUCCCCUUUGGCUGGCUUUUCCUCCCUGUAGACCUCAUCGGAAGGCCAUUUUCUCAAAAGACACGAGAUCACUUUCUACCACUGCUCACAUCCACAUCAUGGUGGACUCAGACCAUUCUCGCUCUAAAGAGGGUGUUCCAGAUGGAUGUUGAUUUCCAAGAGCGCAUGUUUGCUAAGCAAGUCGCCGUCAUGAAGGGUCAGGCCUGGAACGUCGUUGAGACACUCAAAACUCCAGACCAUGGCCCUCUUGAACUGACCCGCCGAGCGAGAGUUUGCGUCUGGGAUGAUCUAGUUGACGUGCCUGUUGCUGUUCCUAUGCGUAAUACGUCCUCGGAAGUCCGCCGCAACCCCCACGUUCGUCAAUCCAUGGAUGAGGCCGACAUUGCCAGUUCGGCUCCGACCAAUAAUCCUCCAAUCGAGGACCUUCUCGGUCUGGCUAGUGCACCCGCCGAUAUGCCUCAUCCAGGUAGAUUUGAGCUCUCAUCUCCGACAGGCGAGACUGCUCAGUCACCAGAUGAGGUACCCUCAAGCGAACCCAACCUCCUGGCACCAGCGGGGCAGCAACAGAACGGUGGAGACAUAGCCAAGCGUCCCACGGUUCAGGCAGCUGGGUUUAGGAACAGUUACCAGGGUCCUGUUCGUGCACUCAACAUGUAUGAACCAGCACGCCAGCAGGUGCCGCGACAGCAACGAAGAUAUUCAUUUGCCAACGCUGCGGCCCGUCGUAACAGCAACACCAUCGCACAGCAGUAUUAUGGUGACAAUGAGAACUACACCGACGACCUAGAAGGUGACCUAGGAUAUGCUGCUGCAGAGGGGCAGAUGGGCAACCAACGCAAGGUCAUUGUUGAGCGGCUCGAAGCCGUCAAGAGUAGGAACCCCGUCUUUACCUGCUGGUAA